GGAAGUGGGGAGCAAUACCAGGUGCAGCGACAACCAGCAGAGCCAUGGUGAGUUCUCUGAGAUCUUGGGCCCAGGAUCUAGGCAUCUGGGGCCAGCCUUCUCCCCGAGGGCCCCCAAUUCAAAGUUAACCCACAGACAAGGAAUAUGUGGGCUUUGCUGCCCUACCCAACCAGCUGCAUCGAAAAUCUGUCAAGAAGGGGUUUGACUUCACACUCAUGGUGGCAGGGGAGUCAGGCCUGGGGAAAUCCACCCUCAUCAACAGCUUGUUCCUCACCAACCUCUAUGAGGAUCGUCAGGUGCCAGAUGCCAGUGCUCGCACCACACAAACUCUGACCAUUGAGCGCCGGGGUGUGGAGAUUGAGGAGGGAGGUAUCAAGGUGAAGUUGACCUUGGUGGACACACCUGGCUUCGGGGACUCUGUGGACUGCUCAGACUGCUGGCUGCCUGUGGUUCGCUUCAUCGAGGAGCAGUUUGAGCAGUACCUCAGGGACGAGAGUGGCUUGAACAGGAAGAACAUCCAGGAUUCUAGAGUCCACUGCUGCCUCUACUUCAUCUCACCCUUCGGCAGAGGGCUCCGGCCCCUAGAUGUGGCUUUCCUCCGGGCCGUGCACGAGAAAGUCAAUAUCAUCCCGGUCAUCGGCAAAGCAGAUGCCCUGUUGCCUAGGGAAACUCAGGUCCUCAAGCAGAAGAUCCGGGACCAGUUGAAGGAGGAGGAGAUCAACAUCUAUCAGUUUCCAGAAUGUGACUCUGAUGAAGACGAAGAAUUCAAGAAGCAGAAUGAAGAAAUGAAGGAAAACAUCCCUUUCGCAGUCGUUGGUUCGAGUGAAGUGGUGAGGGAAGGAACCCGACCAGUGAGGGGACGCCGCUAUUCCUGGGGUACCGUGGAGGUGGAGAACCCACAUCACUGCGAUUUCCUGAACCUGAGGCGGAUGUUGGUGCAGACACACCUUCAGGAUUUGAAAGAGGUGACCCACGAUCUGCUCUACGAGGGCUACCGGGCUCGCUGCCUACAGAGUCUGGCUCGACCUGGGGCCCGGGAUCGAGCCAGUCGCAGCAAGCUUUCCAGGCAGAGUGCCACAGAGAUCCCGCUGCCCAUGUUGCCUCUGGCCGACACUGAGAAGUUGAUUCGCGAGAAGGACGAAGAGGUGAGCAAGCACUUCUCUUUCCCUUUAAUCAGUGCCCUAGAACGUCUUCUAGAUCCCAUUCCGGCCUUGCCGGGCCCCACAGCCUGCAAUCUUGCUCCGCACAGCUGCGCCGCAUGCAAGAAAUGCUGGAGAAGAUGCAAGCCCAGAUGCAGCAGAGCCAGGCUCAGGGCGAGCAAUCAGAUGUGCUGUGAGAUGCUCACCGCCGCCUAUCCUAGCGUCUGCUUACCGCUAAUCUGUCUCAUCCCGGCUCUAGACUGCCCAGCGCCCAAUCCGAAGACCCAGAGGGUAGGCCGGCCCUUGCACUUUAAUCAGGUGCCUCCAAUCCGGAAGUUUAAGGCCCAGCCGACUCCGCCUUCUAUACUGUUCUGAGAGGACUGCCCUCCAAACGCUUAACGGCAGGUUCCACUUGGGUUUUAGCGUUCCUCCAAGUUCUCCAUCUAAUAAAACUGCUCCCUGCCUCCCCCA